AUGGCGCCCAAAGGAGAACCGCCAUCCAUCCCCCUCUUUGCCUCCACCCAGCUCGCCCUCCUCUCCAACGAGCUCGCCGCCGACCUGGCUCAGACCUCGACGCUGCUCGCCUCCCACGCGCCCGCGACCCUGCAGCGCGCCGGCCUCGCCCUGACCUCCCUCCUGCCGCAGGCCCGCCGCACCGGCCCCGGAGGCCGCACCCUUCUCGAGCUCGCCCCCGACCCGGCCACCGCCAAGACGCAGGAUCUCCCCGAGCACGGCCUGCGGCCCGGGGACAUUGUUCUCGUCGCCGAGCAGCCGGCCGGCGCGGCCAAGAAGAGGGAGCUCAGGGAGCUCGAGGCCAAGGGCGGCAGGGCCGUCGUGGCGAGGGUGCGGAGGGAGUGCGUCACUGUUGCGCUUGAGGGGGAGGAAGAGGGGGGGGACUGGAGUGGCCGGCUUUGGAUUGUCAAGCUGGCGGAUGAGGUCACGUACAAACGGAUGAACCAAACCAUGGAGAAGCUGCAAAAGAUGCCCGAGGCCGAGUACUCGAGUUUCAUGCGCGUGCUCUUCGGAUUGUCCAGCCCGUCUCCCAUACCAGUGGACCUCGCGGCAGACGGGGAUUUCGGCAAGCUCGAAUGGGUCGAUCCAUCUCUCAACGAUUCACAAAAGGACGCCAUCCGCUUUGCCCUCGCGUCGCGGGAGGUGGCACUCAUCCACGGCCCUCCGGGUACUGGCAAAACUCACACCCUCAUCGAGCUCAUCCUUCAGUUUGUCCGCCGCGACCAGCGCAUCCUCGUCUGCGGCCCCUCCAACAUCUCCGUCGACAACAUUGUCGAGCGCCUCGCCCCCCAUAAGAUCCCCAUCGUCCGCCUCGGCCACCCAGCCCGUCUCCUCCCCUCCGUUCUUGCUCACUCUCUCGAUGUCCUGACUCACACCUCCUCAGCCGGGGCCAUUGUUCAGGACGUCCGUGCCGAGAUGGAUGCCAAGCAGGCCUCCCUGAAGAAGGCUCGCACCGGCCGCGAUCGCCGCGCCAUCUAUGCGGACCUCAAGGAUCUGCGAAAAGAGUACCGCGAGCGCGAGCGCGGAUGCUUGCGCGAGCUGGUAGGAGGCAGCAAGGUCGUUUUAGCGACUCUGCACGGGGCCGGCGGCUUCCAGCUGCGGGACGAAAAGUUCGACGUCGUUAUCAUUGACGAGGCGAGCCAGGCCCUCGAAGCACAGUGCUGGGUACCGCUGCUGAGGGCGAACAAGGUUGUGUGCGCGGGCGAUCACCUGCAGUUGCCGCCGACGAUCAAGUCACUGAACUCCAAGACCAGCAUGGCGAAGAAGCAAGACGAGGAAGAGGUGCCGACGGUCAAAGGCAUGACGCUUGAGACGACCCUCUUUGACAGACUUCUGUCUCUGCAUGGGCCAUCAAUCAAGAGGAUGCUUACAACGCAGUAUCGCAUGCACGAGGCUAUCAUGCGGUUUCCCUCCGAUGAGCUCUACGAAGGAAGGUUGGUGGCUGCUGAAUCAGUUGCGACGCGCCUCCUCAAAGACAUGCCGUAUGAGGUACAGGACACGGAAGAUACAAACGAGCCUCUUGUCUUUAUUGAUACGCAGGGCGGAGACUUCCCCGAGAAAAGUGAAGAAGACAGCGACGAUGCAGCGAAGAAGGCCAAAUUCAGUCUUAACGGCGAGAGCAAAAGCAACGAAAUGGAGGCAGCAGUUGUGAGGCAGCAUGCACGCCAGCUGGUCGAAGCGGGAAUCAAACCCGAGGACAUCGCGGUUGUCACGCCUUACAAUGCCCAGCUCGCGCUGCUGGCGCCAUUAAAAGAAGAGCUCCCAGGCAUCGAGUUGGGCUCUGUAGACGGCUUCCAAGGCCGUGAGAAGGAGGCUGUCAUUGUCAGUCUCGUCCGAAGUAACGGAGAGGGUGAGGUGGGCUUCCUUGCAGAGAAACGAAGACUAAACGUGGCCAUGACGCGACCGAAACGUUCUUUGACCGUUGUUGGCGAUUCAGAAACAGUCAAAAGAGGAAGCGCGUUUUUGAGGAGGUGGAUAGAGUUCCUGGAAGAGAAUGCCGAUCUGAGGUAUCCAGACGUCUCAGUGCUCCAGGAGGCCUGA